AUGCACCACUACGCGCGAGGGCCGUCUCCAGCACCGCCUGCGCACGAGUAUUCGAGAGCAGCCUCGCCGGCCCCGCCGAUGCAUUACCAUGGGCGAGGGCCAUCCCCAGCUCCGAGGCAGGGGUAUCUGCCGCGUGCCAUCUCGCCAGCGCCACCGGCUCAUGACUAUAUGAGGGCCGCGUCUCCUGCUCCGCCCCCACCUCAUCACGCCCACUCCCGAGGACCAUCACCCGCUCCUUCGUUUGGCAGACACAGCAGCUUCAAUGUGCAUGAUGACGACGACUCUCCGCCUCCACCUCCGCCGCCUCAUCGACAUGCGGCCCAGAAACCCUCGGCGGAUUUCGAGGACACGCCGUAUGCACUUUCGCGUCACGGGUCCAACGGGUCCUUCGCGCCUUACAAUCCAUAUGUCAUGUCCCGCAAUGGCUCCAACGCGUCGUUCAAUCCAGACCUUCCCCUCUCUCGCAACGGAUCAAGCGCCUCACAUCGCGAACACCAGGAAGAGCCCAAGACACCUGGACAUGAGCAGUAUCGAGCAUCAUCUCCUGCUGGAAGCCACAUGACGCCAUCUCCUCUGCGAGAAGCUAUGGAUGGAGUCAUGGAACAGUUGGAUGAGCUCUCCGGCUAUAGCGGACAUGACGAGAAGGGUUCCCCGACGAAAGCUGUGGAUCUGUGGUCGCCUGAAUCAUUCGACUUGGCAAACGUCGACGAAGGAUACGAGACAUGGAGUGGCGAAUCCUCCCAAGAGGCAUCUUUGAAUGGCGGCCAAAAGGAGAAGGGCGGUCUGCCCAAGCUCAACACCUAUGUUGCACGAAUGGAAAACCAGUUCCAGAAGAUGCAUAAGCACAGUCUGAGUACACCAGCGGCCGCUGUGAGCGAUAUGCCUCCACCCCCACCGCCUAAAGGGCAGUUGUACGACAGGCCCAAAUCGUCCAUGGGAGGCGCAAGGCAUGGCACGUCCUCAGACCGACAGCUGGGGUCCCGCAAGUCGGCAUACGACGUCGGGCGUGGCGUCGGCCGCACGUAUACGACCAAGACAAACACGACUGAGCAAAGUCACACCAGCUCGUCGACGCAAAGCAGUGACAGGACUCUGUGGAGCGGAGAGUCUGCUGGUGGCUUCAGUGCUACUAGUGCUGGCAGCCUUGCUCGCAAUGCGCCGCGACCUCAAAGCGCCUUGGGAAUGCGUCAUGCGGAACCUGAACGACCAGAAACGCCUUUCACAGGCGUCACCUACCACAGCAGCCACGCCUCCAAUUACCAGGCAAACAAGCAGUCUCCUUCGCAACCGGCUUUCCAGGACGACACCACUGCUGGGCUGGGAGGGCUUGUGCAACCCAAGGCUCCGAGGCGCAACAUUUUCAAGAAGAUAUUCGAAUCUGCAAAGACAGGCGUAGCCAGUGGUAGGGCUGGCAUAUCGGGCACUACCAUGGGGUCAAUGGACUCUGCCAAGUCGUCGCCUCUCGCGCGAUCGCUGACUUCAGGAACGCCGACGAUGCUCAACGCGGGCACGCUGCCAAGGGCGCGUGAUUCUGUACGCGAAACAGGCCCUGGCAGUGGGGUAGACUGGGUGCAGGUUCGGCGCGACGUCAAUCGUUCGAAUUCUUUGAGUCAGAAUGAGCGCCUCGAGCGGCAUGAACGUUGCCAAAUGUUGGACCAUCCCACAUUGAACCCCGUAGACGAGCUCUACCAGUGCGUGGAAGGCGACGAAGGUGCCGACGGCAACGCAGUCGCAGACCCCGUCAACUAUCACGCGAUCAAUCUGAGCCAAGUCGAUAAGAACUCGCGAUUCAUUGCCGGGUUGCCGCCGACAAUAACCGCCAUUACUCUGGCCACGACGUACAUCUGCCGUCCUUACAAAAGUGAUGUGCAGAGGUUGCGUGCCAUCUUCACCUGGGUCUCGGAGAAGAUCUGUUGGGAGGAGGACUUUGAGGGCGAAAUCGACACCCGCCAGGUGAUCCAAAGCAAGAGAGCAUGCGCCGAGGAGUAUGCAGUCUUGGUACAGGAGAUGUGUUCAGCCAUCGGGGUCGAGUGUGAGAUCAUACGUGGCUACCUCAAGAUUCCUGGAGAGGUGCCUGACCUCAACAUGAUGCCUCGCUCGAACCACUGGUGGAACGCGGUCAUCGUCGACGGUGAAUGGCGGUUGGUUGAUUGCUGUCUGGCUAGCCCGUCCAACCCUCGGCGCAGCGACUACUCGAGUGCAGCCAACAACACCGCCGACUUUUGGUAUUUCCUCACUCGACCUGUUGAACUUUGCUGGACACAUGUGCCGGAGCACCAUGAUCAGCAGCAUAUUGUUCCUCCAGUGGCGCAUGAGACACUUCUCAACCUCCCAUGUGCAAGUCCGACCUUCUUCCGUCAAGGCAUCGAGAUGGUCGAUUACAGUACCAGCCUCAACAGAAUAGAGGACCUGGAAAUGGUCCACAUAAAAUUCAAUGUCCCGCCAGACGUUGAAAUCGCAGCCGAAGUCGAAGCUCGCGCCUACACGCGAGACACAGAUGGCGAUGUCUUUGAGAGUGGUGACGUGGUCAAGAAGAGAGCGUUGGCGCAGGCCGAAUGGUUCAACGGUGUCAAGAAGUACACCGUCAAAGCCCUGCUGCCGGGGGAUGAGGGUCAGGGCACGCUCAAAAUAUACGCCGGUAAGCGUGGCUUGAUGCACAGCAUCAAGGACAUUCCUCACCCGUUGGCUUUCUCCGUGCCCAUCAUCCACACGGGAGAGAACCCGCCAUAUAACUUUGUCACGAGGCAUCCCACCCCUCAUGCGCAGAGACAUGACAUUUAUGUUGUUCAGCCACAAUGCCAACGCCUGGCACUGAACAACACGUUUGUCUUUGCUAUUCGCCAACACCCUAGCUCUCUUGGCAAUGGGCCGCAUUCAUCGCUCACGCCAGCGUCCAACCCUGGGAGUGCUAGCCCUGUUCCUUUCGCCCGACCGUCCUCGGCAAUGAGCAUGAACGCAUCGACCAGCGGCACCAUGUCCAACCCAAGCUCAGCAAGCGGCACGGUGGCGGGCAAGAAGCCGGCGAAGCUGGCUAUUCAGACACCAGGCGGCAAGAUCCUUCGACUCAUGCGAAAGGAAGACCGCAAGGGCAUCAGCGUUGGCAGCAGAGGCUUCAGCAUGGAAGAUGAAGCCGCGACCGCGCGACACGAAGCCUGCGCGACCGAUGAAUCUGCCGACAUGAAUCACGGCUCGAUGCCCCAUGGGCAGCAGCAGUCCUACCCAGGACAACCUCAACAAUACCCACCGCAACAGCAGUACAUGCAACAACAGUCGGGCGCAUACCAGCAACCCCUGCCGCAACAGCCUUUUCAGCAGACAUAUCCGACGCAACAUGUACAGCAACAGCAGUUCCAGCAGCCGCCGCCGCCGCCGUUGGAGUACCCGAGCCAACAGCUACCGUUCAACUACAGCAACUUCCCUCAACAGCAGCAGCCACAACAUCAACAAAAUGCGCAAUGGAAUCAAUACAACACACCUGGGAGCUACCAGGCCGGGCAGACGGUGCAGUUUGGGCAGCAGAUGGCCGGCGCGCAGGGCUACAUGCCGCCAAAUAAUGCCUGGCAAGACCAGCAGCAGCAGCAACCACUUUAUCAAUCUCCGCAACAGGGAUUUUAUCAAGGAUCUUCGCCCCAGAUGAUGCAGCAAAAUGCGAUUCCCCAGUCGCAGCCACAACCGCAUGCGCAAGAGCAGCCAGGUUACGCGCAACAUCUUCAGCCGCCGAAACCGAGGACCACACCGUCGCCGCAGGUUAAGCAGCGAAAUAUGCCAUCACCUUCAAUGCGCCAGGGCUAUGCGCAUCAAGCGCAGCAACAGCCGCGAUUACAAGCGCGCCAGCCCUUGACCGAGAACUACCAGCAAUCGCAUGCUCUGCCGCCACAGGGCUCAUCGCCAUCUAUGGUUCACCAAACCAUGAAAUCGCCGGCACCCCAGCCGACUACUUCAAAGAAACCGCAGGUGAUUCGUGUAGGAAAUGGAUACCAACAAUCGCAGUCGCCUGUAUCAAAUGAAGCGGCGCAUACCAAGCCGGCGCCGCAGCAGGUGCAACUCAACAGAGCCCCGGCCCAGACCAAUGUGCAGUCACCAUCACCUCAUCAGGCACCAACUCACAAGUUCCUUUCACCAGGGCCUCACUCUUUGCUGGCUUCGAACAAUUUUACUCCGGCGGCCAAGUCGCCGGCCGCUGUCGACACGGCGCAAUUUGUUAGGUCAUCCUAUCUCGACUGGGAGCGUGACGCCCAAAGCAAACCCCAAAAGCCCACGGAAGGCCAGCUUGCAAUCGCCCGCAACACCCCUGGCCCAGCAGGGGAGCAGAUCACCUGCGUCAAGUAA